CCUGCGGCUGUGUGUGACCAGCCUGGAGGCUCUGGGCCACCGCGGACUCCCGGAGUUGAGCGGAGGAUGCCCGAGCCACACAGAGAGGCCACACGGGACUGAGAGCGGGGACGAACGGCGACCCUGUAGCAGCAGAACCCCAGACUAGAGGCUCGGUUGCCUCUGGCGUGUGGUGGGAUCUGCAGGCCGCCGAGCCCCAGCGCUACGCGGGACCCGCCGGCCUCGCGCUGUCGGAAGGCUCUGCGUGGCCUGGCACUCGAGCUCCGCCAGCAAGGGAUCCCUGCGUGGGAGCCUCCGCACCGCUCAGGAGUCAACUGUUGAGAUUAGAAACGAGGUGGGAUGAGGAGCCGGAGUAAUUCGGGGGUCCGCCUGGAUGGCUAUGCUCGGCUCGUGCAUCAGACCAUCCUGUGCCACCAGAAUCCAGUGACCGGCUUGCUUCCAGCCAGUUAUGAUCAGAAAGAUGCUUGGGUCCGAGAUAAUGUGUAUAGCAUCUUAGCUGUGUGGGGUUUGGGCCUGGCCUAUAGGAAGAAUGCAGAUCGAGAUGAAGAUAAGGCAAAGGCCUAUGAACUUGAGCAGAGUGUAGUGAAGUUAAUGAGGGGACUGCUGCAAUGCAUGAUCAGACAGGUGGAUAAAGUAGAGUCCUUUAAGUAUAGUCAAAGUACUAAGGAUAGUCUCCAUGCCAAGUACAACACCAAAACCUGUGCCACUGUAGUAGGUGAUGACCAGUGGGGUCACCUGCAGUUAGAUGCUACCUCUUUGUACCUGCUCUUCUUAGCACAAAUGACUGCCUCAGGACUGCAUAUCAUUCAUAGCCUUGAUGAAGUCAAUUUCAUACAGAACCUUGUGUUUUACAUUGAAGCUGCAUAUAAAACUGCUGACUUCGGUAUAUGGGAACGUGGAGACAAGACCAAUCAAGGGAUCUCAGAAUUGAAUGCCAGUUCAGUUGGAAUGGCAAAGGCAGCCUUGGAAGCACUAGAUGAAUUGGACCUUUUUGGUGUGAAAGGUGGGCCCCAAUCAGUUGUCCAUGUCCUUGCUGAUGAAGUCCAACACUGCCAGUCUAUCUUGAAUUCACUCCUACCCCGGGCUUCAACAUCCAAAGAGGUUGAUGCUAGUCUACUCUCAGUGGUCUCUUUCCCAGCCUUUGCUGUUGAGGACAGUCAGUUGGUGGAGCUCACAAAACAAGAAAUAAUCACCAAGCUUCAGGGUCGUUACGGCUGUUGUCGUUUUUUACGAGAUGGAUAUAAAACUCCUAAAGAGGAUCCCAAUCGUCUGUAUUAUGAACCAGCUGAGCUGAAACUAUUUGAAAACAUUGAGUGUGAAUGGCCAUUGUUCUGGACCUACUUUAUCCUUGAUGGGAUCUUCAGUGGCAACAUAGAACAGGUUCAAGAAUAUAGAGAAGCUCUUGAUGCAGUCCUCAUCAAAGGCAAAAAUGGAGUCCCACUUCUUCCAGAACUAUACAGUGUUCCUCCUGACAGAGUUGAUGAAGAAUAUCAAAAUCCUCACACCGUGGACCGGGUGCCUAUGGGGAAAUUGCCUCACAUGUGGGGUCAGUCUCUCUACAUUUUGGGAAGCUUGAUGGCAGAGGGAUUUCUAGCUCCUGGAGAAAUUGAUCCCCUAAAUCGUAGGUUUUCCACUGUACCAAAACCGGAUGUUGUGGUUCAAGUCUCCAUUUUAGCUGAAACGGAAGACAUCAAGGCCAUUUUGAAGAACAAUGGAAUUGAUGUGGAGACCAUUGCUGAGGUGUACCCCAUCAGAGUACAACCCGCUCGUAUUCUCAGCCACAUUUAUUCUAGUCUAGGCUGCAACAGUAAAAUGAAACUCAGUGGACGACCUUACAGACUUAUGGGAGUGCUUGGAACAUCAAAACUGUAUGACAUUCGGAAAACUGUCUUUACUUUCACUCCACAGUUUAUAGACCAGCAACAGUUCUACUUGGCUCUGGACAAUAAAAUGAUAGUGGAAAUGCUCAGAACUGACCUCUCCUACCUUUGUAGCCGUUGGAGAAUGACAGGCCAGCCCACCAUCACCUUCCCUAUCUCACACACCAUGCUUGAUGAAGAUGGAACCAGCUUGAAUUCAAGUAUCCUGGCAGCACUCCGCAAAAUGCAAGAUGGCUAUUUUGGUGGGGCAAGGAUUCAAACAGGUAAAUUGUCAGAGUUUUUGACAACAUCUUGCUGCACACACUUAAGCUUCAUGGACCCUGGUCAUGAGGGUAAGCUGUACAAUGAAGAUUAUGAUGAGGACUAUGAUGAGAUAGAAUCUGGCAACUGGAUGGAUGGCUAUGAUACAAGCAGUAAUGCUCGCUGUGGUGAUGAAGUUGCUCGUUACUUAGAUCACCUCUUGGCACACACUGUUCCCCAUCCUAAACUAGCUCCUACCUCACGGAAAGUAGGGCUAGAUCGCUUCCGAACUGCUGUACAAACAACCUGCGAUUUAAUGUCCUUGGUGACCAAGGCCAAGGAGCUGCAUGUACAGAAUGUUCACAUGUAUCUUCCUACGAAGUUAUUUCAGCCUUCUCGGCCUCCACUCAACUUACUUGACUCACCUCAGUCUCCACAGGAUGACCAGGUGCCUUCUGUCCGUGUAGAAAUACAUGUUCCCAGAGACCAGUCUGGAGAAGUGGACUUCCAAGCACUGGUUUCACAGUUGAAGGAGACCUCAAGCUUACAGGAACAAGCUGAUAUACUCUGUAUGUUGUAUACAAUGAAAGGACCUGACUGGGACACUGAGUUGUAUGAAGACAGGAGUGCUACAGUAAGAGAGCUUCUUAGUGAACUGUAUGGCAAAGUUGGAGAACUCCGUCACUGGGGUCUGAUCCGAUACAUCUCUGGGAUCUUAAGGAAGAAGGUGGAGGCACUAGAUGAGGCCUGUACAGAUCUUCUUUCCUACCAGAAGCAUCUAACAGUCGGACUUCCCCCAGAACCUCGAGAGAAGACCAUCUCUGCACCUUUACCUUAUGAGACCCUCACUCAGCUGAUAGACGAAGCCAGUGAAGGAGACAUGAACAUUUCAAUCCUUACACAGGAAAUAAUGGUAUAUUUAGCAAUGUAUAUGAGAACCCAGCCUGCCCUCUUUGCUGAAAUGUUUCGUCUUCGAAUUGGUCUGAUCAUACAAGUUAUGGCAACUGAACUGGCCCACUCCCUUCGAUGUUCAGCUGAAGAAGCCACGGAGGGUCUGAUGAAUCUCAGUCCUUCAGCCAUGAAGAACCUCCUGCAUCACAUUCUCAGUGGCAAGGAGUUCGGAGUGGAACGAAGCGUUCGUCCCACUGAUUCAAAUGUGAGUCCUGCUAUUUCUAUCCAUGAGGUUGGUGCUGUUGGAGCAACAAAAACAGAACGAGCUGGGAUCAUGAAGUUAAAAAGUGAAAUAAAACAGGUGGAAUUUCGUAGACUGUCUAUCUCAACUGAGAGUCAGUCCAAUGGUGGCCAUCCCUCGGGUAUAGAUUUGAUGUCACCAUCAUUUCUGUCUCCUGCAACCUGUAUUGCUGCAAGUAGUGGAGUCUUGCCUAGUGCAUGUGGCCAGCAGGCAUCUAGAGAUAGUCGUCAAGGUCAGUGGCAACGCCGGAGAAGGCUGGAUGGAGCACUAAAUAGAGUCCCAAUUGGGUUUUAUCAAAAAGUAUGGAAAGUCUUGCAAAAGUGUCAUGGACUUUCUGUAGAAGGUUUUGUUCUUCCUUCUUCAACCACUAGGGAGAUGACUCCAGGAGAGAUUAAAUUCUCUGUGCAUGUGGAGUCUGUCCUGAAUCGUGUGCCUCAGCCUGAGUACCGACAGCUUCUGGUUGAAGCCAUCCUGGUUCUCACUAUGCUGGCAGAUAUUGAAAUUCAUAGCAUUGGAAGCAUCAUUGCUGUGGAGAAAAUUGUGCAUAUUGCUAAUGAUCUGUUUCUUCAAGAACAGAAAACCCUUGGCGCAGAUGAUAUCAUGUUGGCAAAGGAUCCGGCCUCUGGUAUCUGUACUCUUCUGUAUGACAGUGCACCAAGUGGCAGGUUUGGCACCAUGACCUACCUCUCCAAGGCAGCUGCCACAUACGUGCAGGAGUUUCUGCCACACAGCCUCUGUGCUAUGCAGUGAAGGCAUCAGGUCCUGGUGUGUGGGGAUCCUUCCAGCAGCUGGUGUGUGCCUCAGCUGAUUGUGCAUGGAACUGAAAUGUUAAUGCCUAAUCCCCAAUGCCCCCUUUCCUACCCCAUACUCCCAAGAAGAGAGGAGUUUUCUGAUAAUCUCUCUGCUUUAGAACAGAACCCUUACCUGGACUCUGACCUGCAAUGUAUGUAGGUUCCACCGGGCUGUCAAUUACUGCCUGUACUGCCUGUGUUUUUAUUCUGUAGAUGUGCUACCAACUUAGUUUUAUAACCCCUGUUUGGGGAGAAGGUAUUAUUUAUAACUUAUUCCUAAAGCUUUUUUUUUGUAUAUGUGGUUUUGUUGUGUAAUAUGAGUAGUGUGGGUGAUUUGGGUCAUUACUUCAAGAGACUUGACUCUAAAUUGUUCAAGUUUAUGCUGCUGUAAAGUGCCUCAGAAAAAGAGAACACCAGAUAUAUCAUGGUUUCCUUCCUUACUCACAGGUUGCCUUACUCUGAGUGGUGAAAUAGUUUCUGUAUAGACUUAUUGUCUCUUCUGCUGUCCUUUUUUAUCUGCCCACAGUGCCCACUUUGGUGAAAUAUUUAAAAAAAUGCAAACUCAACAUAUAUAACUAAAAAUUUCUCUGUUAAUGCUUGAAAUCACAUUUUAUGAACAUUGCUGCUGCUGAGAGACAUAUGUAAGAACAUGUGGAAUAACCCAGAGAAAUGGAUCAAGGAGCCUAAUUCCAGAGAUGGAGGGAAAAAAGAUACAUGGGUAGUGUCUUAUAUUCAGGGAGCUAAGAGGUAUUAGAGGUGGGUUGGUUCCCUGAAGACAGCAUUGUACAAUGUAUCCUUGCCUCUGAUGAGGGGAGUUGCCCACAGUGCAGAGUGUCUGGGCCAAAGAGGAGUCCAGCAGCCCAGUCUGACUGCUCUACUAGCCCUCUUUUCCUGUGUUUUGGUCUCUGCCUCACUUAUAUACUCACUUUCCACCAUAUCCAUCCAACCCCUUGCCCUGUUGCAUUUAUUCUUAAACUCUUCCAAUUACAUUUUAACUUCCUAAUUCUGGUAUUCAUAUCCCUGAAUAUUUUAGUAUUUGUUCUGUGCCAAUUUGUUUCUUAUAAACACCUGUAUGGAUCUAAGUAGUGAAAUGAUAUAUAAGUAGUUUUGACAUGUCUGUAUACCUAUCCGUAUGAACAUUUGAAGGACUGAGUAACCAUGUAAGUAAGAAUGUUGCAAAACCAGGUCUGGUGAUGCAUCCUUAUAAUACCAACAGUAGGGAACUUAAGGCAGGAGGAUCAUGAAUUCAAGGGUAGCCUGGACUAUGUAGUGAGAACUAGGCAAGCCUCAGGUAUUAGACUGUGUCCCAAUAAUUUUUAAAAAGUAUGUGUAUUAGAGAGGGUUGUAACUGUCCUCAAACUCAAACACAAAGAAUGAUCAAACAAUCCUUCAGCCCUCUUCUCUGAUCCCAUGUAUAUGCAGCCAUGCUUAGCCAAGAGUUCUACCAAUUUUCCUUCCUCUGAUUUGUUGGUAAAGACAUGGUCAGGUUCCCUGUUUGUACUCAGAUCAUUUCCUACUGCCAUCCCCUUCUUUCCCUCAGAUUUUUAGAGGUUUUCUCCAAGAACACCAAUGGACUUGGUAGGGAUAAUGGACUCUAAACACUUCUCAUGAAACCAGUAACAGAAAGUCUUAUGUGUACAUUUAAUAAGUCCUUGCAGUAGGGUGACAGAAAACAAAUGGUGGAUGCAAAGAGAAGAUGGCUCCCUUUUUCAAUACAUCUCUCGUAGCUGGAAACACACAGUAAAUAGCUUUCUGAUUAUGAUUUUCUAGUCAUUUUAGAAGGGAAUGUAUAACCUGUUCUGAAACUGUGUGCCAUUUCUCUGCCUGUAAAUGUGCCCCAGACACAAGAAGCACAUCUGGAGCACCACAGGUGAAGGCAGCACUCCUUCCUGUACUUGUCUACCUGCACUGACACUGGUAUUGGCUGUCCUUGUGAUCCUUAGACAGCGGUGUUUAAUGUUCAGAGCCACUUCUCUUCAGAGUGAUGCAGAAAAGGCAUUCUGUACUUUUUAAAAAGCACUUAUGUUUUGAAAAUAAAGAACAAGAAUUUCCAAGUAAA